UUCUGCCUCUGUAAGGGAAAUACUCUUACAGCGACAGGCAUUUAGUUUACCUCUCCAGCUUAAAACGAGCUCUUCCUUCGGCCCCAAACCCACGCCAAACCUGUGGCUCUUAAAAAAUGAAUGGAGGAGCGCAGGAACUCGUGCUGUAUUUCAAUUCCAGGCAGCGAUCCCUUUCAUAAUAACGCAGUGGAACUUUCUCUUGGUUAAUUCCACACCAUGUGUCAACAGAGACCAUUAAUCCUAUGUGUGAUUGCUUAAUGGCUGGCCCACAGUGACUCAAAUACCAGUCCAAAAUAGGUCUUUGCAUACAAGUAUUGUUCCCUCCAGUAUCUUGAUGAUGGCUUGAUUGACACAUGAAUAGGGUACAUUAGAGCUAGUUACUGUGUCUGAAAGAAAGCUAAGACAUCAUGUUGGAGGAAAAAAACAGGUUGAUGUGACAUGGGAAGGAGAAGGAAGGAGAAAUAACUUAGAGAUAUGGUGGGGAAAGAGGGGAGUGUUGCUUCUGUUGCAGGAACAGACCUGUCUGGCAUUUUUUUAGCCUUUCUGUGGCUGUCAGUGAAAAUGUUGUAGGUCUUGCUUCAGCAAAAUGCCCAAGGCUGACUGGCAUCAACAGAAUGCGUGUGCAUUUGCGGUAUUUUUCCUGAAGCAGGGCUCCGUGUACCUCAUUUCUUAAAGCUGCCGAAUGCCUCGGUCCCCUCUCUAGCCAAGACUUGUGGCUGUUGUGAAUGGCGAUGGCUCCCUGAGAAGGAACCUUACGUGCUUCGUCUGCAAGUGAGCCUUGCAUAAAAACCGCUUGAGUGGCUGAAUGUCCAGGGACGUCAGCAUGAACAACAUCACCAGGCUACCAGAGGAUGCAUUCAAGAACUUUCCCUACUUGGAAGAGCUGCGACUGGCUGGCAAUGACCUUUCUUUUAUCCAUCCGAAGGCCUUGUCUGGGUUGAAAGAACUCAAAGUUCUAACCCUACAGAACAACCAGCUGAAGACUGUACCUAACGAAGCCAUCAGAGGAUUAAGCGGUUUACAGUCCUUGCGUUUGGAUGCUAACCACAUCACAGCUGUUCCCAAAGACAGCUUUGAGGGGCUGGUGCAGCUGCGUCACCUUUGGUUGGAUGACAACAGUUUGACAGAAGUUCCCAUCCAUCCGCUCAGCAACCUCCCCUCCCUGCAGGCGUUGACGCUGGCCCUUAACAAAAUAACGCACAUUCCUGACUACGCGUUCACAAACCUUUCAAGUCUUGUUGUUCUACAUCUUCAUAACAAUAAAAUAAAAACGAUAGGAAGACACUGUUUUGAUGGUUUGGACAACCUUGAAACCUUGGAUUUAAAUUAUAAUAACAUGGUGGAGUUCCCCGAAGCCAUAAAAGCACUCCCAAAUCUAAAAGAGUUGGCAUUUCACAGUAACUACAUUUCCAUCAUUCCUGAUGGUGCAUUUGCAGGAAACCCCCUUCUAAGAACGAUACAUUUGUAUGAUAAUCCUUUGUCUUUUGUGGGGAACUCAGCGUUUCAGAAUCUGUCGGAUCUGCAUUCCCUGGUCAUUCGGGGUGCCAGCAUGGUGCAGUGGUUUCCUAAUUUGACAGGAACCGUUAAUCUGGAGAGUCUAACUCUAACGGGGACCAAGAUAAACAGUAUUCCUGUUAAUUUAUGCCAAGAGCAAAAGAUGCUACGAACUUUGGACUUGUCUUAUAACAAUAUAAAGGACCUCCCCAGUUUUACGGGCUGCCACUCCUUGGAAGAAAUUUCCUUGCAGCAUAACCAAAUCCAUGAAAUCACAGAUGAUACCUUUCAAGGACUGUCCUCCCUUCGUAUACUUGACCUCAGUAGGAAUCGGAUCCGUAAGAUCCACAAAGAAGCUUUCACCACCAUUGCAGCUAUUGUUAAUCUAGACCUAAGUUUCAAUGAGCUCACCUCAGUUCCAACGGAAGGAUUGAGUGGAUUGAACCAACUUAAACUUGCAGGGAAUUCUGAGCUGAAAGAAGCUUUGGCAGCGAAGAACUUUGCAAAGCUCCGGUCUCUCUCCGUACCGUAUGCUUACCAGUGCUGUGCGUUUUGGGGCUGUGAUUCUUACUUAAACUCCAACGCUGAAGAUGCCAGUCACCAAGAUCAAGAUGCCUUGGGGGAUCGUGAGAAGGCUGAUGCAGAUGGUCUAAGAAACGAGGAAAAUGUGGAACUGGGACAGACUAUUAUUCACUGUACACCAGCAACAGGUGCUUUUAAGCCUUGUGAAUAUUUACUGGGAAGCUGGAUGAUUCGACUUACUGUCUGGUUUAUUUUUUUGGUCGCUUUGUUCUUCAACCUGCUUGUCAUUUUAACAAUAUUUGCCUCCUGUGCUCCGUUGCCAUCUUCCAAACUGUUCGUAGGUCUGAUUUCUGUCUCUAACUUAUUGAUGGGAGUCUAUACUGGUAUUUUAACCUUCUUGGAUGCUGUCUCUUGGGGAAGAUUUGCUGAAUUUGGCAUAUGGUGGGAGACUGGCAGCGGUUGCAGAGUCGCUGGCUUUCUAGCAGUAUUUUCAUCAGAAAGUGCCAUUUUUUUCCUGAUGUUGGCGGCUGUUGAACGGAGCUUCUCUGCGAAGGAGAUCAUUAAAAAGGGGAAAAGCAAUCGCCAGAAACAGUUCCAGAUCGCAGCAGUAAUUGCUUUCCUGUGUGCUGUGGUAGCAGGAUGCUUACCACUCUUCCAUAAAGCGGAAUAUUCGGCGUCGCCCCUUUGCUUGCCUUUCCCCACUGGAGAGACGCCUUCGCUGGGCUUCACCGUAACUUUAGUGCUCCUGAAUUCACUGGCAUUUUUGCUGAUGGCUAUUAUCUACACUAAACUCUAUUGCAACUUGGAAAAAGAGGACCUCUCCGAAAACUCGCAAUCCAGCAUGAUUAAGCACGUCGCUUGGCUAAUCUUCACGAACUGCAUCUUUUUCUGCCCUGUUGCGUUCUUCUCGUUUGCACCGUUGAUCACCGCGAUCUCUAUCAGCCCUGAAAUAAUGAAGUCUGUUACCUUGAUAUUUUUUCCGUUACCCGCGUGCCUGAACCCAGUCCUCUAUGUCUUCUUCAACCCAAAGUUCAAGGAGGACUGGAAGCUGCUCAGGCGCCAGGUGACCAGGAAGAACGGGGCGGUCGCCAUCUCCGUCAGCGCCCAAGGGGGCUGCGCGACGCAGGAUUUUUACUAUGACUGUGGCAUGUACACACACCUGCAGGGCAACGUCGCCGUGUGCGAGUGCUGCGAAUCGCUCCUCCUGUCCAAGCCCGUGCCGUGCAAACACUUGAUCAAAUCCCACAGCUGCCCCGCGCUGGCGGUGGUGCCUUGCCAAAGGCCGGAUGGCUACUGGUCGGACUGCGGCACCCAGUCGGCCCACUCCGACUACGCAGACGAAGACGACUCCUUCGUGUCGGACAGCUCAGACCAAGUGCAGGCCUGCGGCCGGGCCUGCUUCUACCAAAGCCGAGGCUUCCCUUUGGUUCGCUACGCCUACAACAUACCAAGAGUGAAAGACUGAGAGGCUCGGCCGCCGGCUCUCCUGACGAGGAGGUACCACGCUUCACUUCCAGAGACCGUUGCCUCUUUCGGCCUUUCCGAGCAGGAAGCACUUUUGUAAUCGUUGUUUAGUGUCGUUUGUAAAGAAAGGGAAGUGGGCAGUCAUUUCUUGAGCCAUACAUUUAAAAAGAAUUAAACGAAUAAACGAAUUGCCCUGGCUGUAAAUAAUUGGUCAACCCAAUUUGUUCGCCAAUGUUUUUACUCUGUCCAAGCAAUAGCGGUUCCUUUUAUGCCGUUUUUACAUGCUGACGGUCUGUUUCCAUGUUGUACUCCAGCUGUAUUUUACUUCUGCUGUCGGUGAGGUAAGUUCUGAUGAUUUUUUUUUUCUUGCCAAAGCACAAUAUAAAGGACAGCUGUUAAUAUUAAAGAAAUUAUUUUUAAAUGUGACUUUUCUAUAAGUGAGCAACAACUCUCUUGCUAGCUUUGUAUAGUGUAUUCAGCAUUGAAUCUCAGGAUGAAUUUUACUGCAGGGCCAAAAAAGGGAUUAAUUCUCCCGUGCGUAACUGUGAGAGCAAUAUGGGAACGCCGUGUUUGUUUUGUAUUUCAAGCCAACGUUCAAAACUUUUCUUUUUGAAAAAGAUUGUUGCGGUGAAAACACUUGUAAUCCACACUAUCUGCAGACGAUGAAAUAAGAAUAUUAACAGCUGUCAGGAACAGUAGGGCUGAAGGCGUUUUUGGGUGACAAUGCAUUAAUUCAGGUGAACCACAGCCAUCUUUUCCAGUAUUACGCAGUCGGGUCACGCUGUUAGAAGGAACUCGGAUGCAUCGGGCCGUGUGUUAGCAGUGCUGCCAACGUACGCGGCUCACGUGUUGGUAGAAAAAGACUGGCUGAUAUUCUCCGGCCUCUUGAAUGCUAGGGCUUCCCAAUAAUGUCUGUGAGCAGGUUUAGAUUUUAGCCAAUGGAGAGCAAACAGAAAGGAAUUUUUGCAAUAAAAGAAAAGCAUUGUUGCCAGUUUUUUUUUUUAGUUUUUUUUUUUUAAUAUCGAGUGUGAAGUACACUGUGGAAAGGUGCUGAUUUUCAUGUAAAUCAGUGCAUUAUUUUUUUAACCCGUUUAUGUCCUGAGAUCCAGAUGAUUUAAGUGAUCCCAAUGUAUCUACAUUUAGUUUGAAAUCUUUAUAUCUGAUCGAUACAAAAUUAUGAAUGCACAAUUAAGUAAUUAAGUUGUUUGAACAAUAUGAUAAAUCAAGAGCAAAUUCACUGCCAUCCCAGUCAAUCUGGAGACAUUCGUAAGAUUUAAAGCUAGAUUGCAGUUUUGAGAAUUAACCUGUAUAUACUGUUCAUACAAUGAAUUUUUAUCUUUGUAUUGUAAAUUAUUUGAUAGAACACAUGAUGGGAAAUGUGGCUUCACUUCAUUUUGUUAAUUAAAGCUACCUCCUAAACAAUAGUGGCUGCCAGUAGCAGAAUGUUUAAAAUGUGGUUUAUAUACUUUUUGCAUUGUAAAUAGACAUGGUUGUAUAUUGUCACUGUAAUAAAAACAGAAUCCUUGUAUAUCAAAAUCAUGUAGUUUGUACAAAAUAUGGGAGGAUUAUUUACUGUAUGCUGUUAAUUUUGUAAGCCAAAAUAUUCACAUGUAAAAACAGAAGAAAACCAACCCAGAGCUGUUAGUUCUUAUAUUUACACUCACGAAUAUUACACCUGCAAUUAGCAUGGAAUGUUACACUGAAAGCAAAUAAAGGGUACGUGAACAUUGA